GUAGUCCCCGGUUGUUUGUCAGUUGCACUCCGUCUGCGGCCUGUGCGCUGCGAGGGAGGCUGCUACGAAGGAGGGCAAAGAGGAAGAUGCCCGCGUGGGUGGUGGCUGCAGUGUCGGCGGUCAGGGCCGCCAUGUCCGGGAUGUGGAGGUUCUGUCUGUUGCUGACUACAGCUGCAGUGGCGCCAGUCGCGAAAAGUGGCGUGCUGUAUCCCAGGGAAUCCGAGUCCAGGGAGGUGAGGCCUCUAGACGGCCUCUGGAACUUCAAGCUGGACGCAGACGAAGUAGGCUAUACUGAAGCGUGGUUCAACGAUGACCUCACCAAGACUGGUGGUGUGCUGACGAUGCCAGUGCCUGCCAGUUACAAUGACGUGACAACACUGAAGGAGGUGCGUGAUCAUGUGGGGCUCGUCUGGUAUGACCGGAGCUUCUUCGUGCCACGAUCCUGGGAGCGCAGCGACACACGUGUCUGGCUGCGCUUUGGCAGUGUCUGCUACUCUGCUGAAGUGUGGUUGAAUGGUUACAGAGUGAUGGAACAUGAUAUUGGACAUCUACCAUUUCAAUCUGAGAUCACAUCUCUGCUGAAUUUUGGAGCAAGCAACCGAAUAACUGUUGCAGUGAACAAUAUACUUACCAAUACAACCAUUCCACAAGGUGCAUUUGAAACUCUGAGAACUGAAAAUGGCAGUAGGACAUAUCAAACUUACACAUUUGACUUCUUCAAUUAUGCGGGGAUUGAUCGCUCUGUUCAUCUCUACACGACUCCCGAGGUAUUCAUUGAUGACAUCACCAUUACAACUGAGUACUCAGAUGAUGGGACAGGCACUGUGUACUACAAUGUGACAUUUGAUGGACAGUCUGCUGAGCUACCUUCUUGUUCUGUAUCCCUUUUGGAUGCAGAAGGUCUGUCUGUGGCUACAAGCACUGGUUUCACAGGAGAACUGAUUGUGACAAAUGCCAAUCCUUGGUGGCCAUACCUCAUGCAUCCCAAUCCAGGCUACCUCUACAUUCUUGAGGUUCAUGUGAAUUCUUCAGAGAUGGCAACAGAUGAUGUAUACCGGCUACCAGUAGGAAUACGGCAGCUCUCCUGGGACAAUUCAUCAUUGCUUAUUAAUGGGAAACCUAUUUACAUAAGAGGAUUUGGUAGACAUGAAGAUUCUGAUAUUCGUGGAAAAGGUCUUGAUCUCCCACUUGUAACUCGUGAUCAUGAUUUGCUGAAGUGGGUGGGAGCAAAUUCAUACAGGACAUCUCAUUAUCCUUAUGCAGAGGAAAUCAUGGACUUUGCAGAUAAAGAAGGUUUCAUCAUCAUUGAUGAAUGCCCUGCAGUGAAUAUUGAAAAUUACUCAGGUGAGCUACUUGAAAAUCAUAAGCGUUCUCUAACUGAAUUAAUCAACAGAGACAAGAAUCGGCCAAGUGCUAUCAUUUGGUCUGUAGCUAACGAGCCACGCACAUACUUAAAUGGAACGGAGGAUUAUUAUAGGGAAAUAAUUGACCACGUAAAAAGUCUUGAUACAACUCGUCCAACUACGAUUGCACAGGCCCAAGCUUGGAACAGAGAUCGUUCAAGUCAAUAUUUGGAUAUCAUUGGAGUUAAUCGUUACCUUGGAUGGUAUGAGAAUGGAGGGCUUACUGAGACCAUUGUGGAACAGUUACUGGUGGAAAUUUCUUUGUGGAGGGCAAAGUACAACAAGCCAAUAAUAAUAACAGAAUAUGGAGCUGAUGCUAUGGAAGGACUGCACUUGCAACCAAGUUACAUCUGGUCAGAGGAGUACCAAGAAGCUCUGUUUUCUGAGUAUUUCAAGGCAUUUGACAGGCUCCGAGAAAAAGGUUAUUUUGUAGGAGAAAUGAUAUGGAAUUUUGCAGAUUUCAAAACUGCUCAAACAUACACACGUGUUGGUGGAAACAAGAAGGGAAUCUUCACAAGAUCACGCCAACCAAAGAUGGCAGCAAAUUUGGUGAGGCAACGUUAUUGGUCCCUUGCAAGAGAAGAUGAUAAUGUAACAGUUCCUGCAGAUCUUACACCCUAUGUCUGCAGUACUUGCCAAAAAUAGAUACCACUGUCCACACUGCAACCUGUACCUGUAUCAGUAUUCACAGUUCUUUACUUAUGCUUUUAUGAGUAUUGCUUAUGAAAUAAGUUGUUAAAUGACAUCAGAUUAUUUCAAAUAAACCUUUUGUAAA